AAAGGAAUGCUACCAGACUAAACCAUCCGGUUCGACCGGUUUAGCGAUUCCGGUAUACGGUCUGAGCAAGAACCUUGCCUUCUCUUAUUGGACACUGAGAAUGGAAACGACGGCGGAUAAGGUGGAAAAGAUGGAGUCGCUUCCGUACGCCGAGGCCGAUUCCAGCCUCCGAGCUUUGGCCGGACUCGCCGAGGGUUUUGGCCGCUCCGCCAUCGGCGGCCUCCACGGUCCUCUCUACAUCGUCACUUCUCUUGCAGAUGAUGGACCGGGAUCCCUCCGCGAAGGAUGUAGGAGAAAAGAACCAUUGUGGAUUGUUUUUGAAGUUUCUGGAACCAUAAAUCUCUCAUCCUAUCUGAGUGUGUCCUCUUACAAAACCGUUGACGGUAGGGGACAGCGAAUCAAGAUCACGGGUAAAGGACUAAGACUAAAAGAAUGUGAGCAUGUCAUUAUAUGUAACUUGGAGUUUGAAGGUGGAAGAGGGCAUGAUGUUGAUGGCAUUCAGAUAAAACCAAAGUCCAGGCACAUUUGGAUUGAUCGGUGUAGCUUGCGUGAUUACGAUGAUGGGCUUAUCGAUAUUACCAGGCAAAGCACCGAUAUCACUAUUUCGAGAUGUUUUUUUGCGCAACAUGACAAGACGAUGCUGAUAGGAGCAGACCCUUCUCAUGUCGAUGAUAGAUGCAUUCGUGUGACCAUACAUCAUUGUUUCUUUGAUGGAACAAGGCAAAGGCAUCCUCGUCUCAGAUUUGGAAAGGUUCACUUGUACAACAAUUACACCAGAAACUGGGGGUUAUAUGCUGUCUGUGCUAGUGUAGAAGCGCAGGUAUUUUCUCAAUGCAAUAUAUAUGAAGCAGGACAGAAAAAGAAAACUUUUGAGUACUACCCAGAGAAGGCGGCUGACAAGGAAGAAAUGAGAGCUGGGUUAAUACAAUCUGAAGGUGACUUGUUCCUGAACGGAGCUCAACCGUGUUUGGUAAAAGGGGUCGGGGAAGAAUCUGUCUUCCAUCCAUGUGAAUACUAUCCGACAUGGACCGUUGAACCACCAUCAGAAUCUCUCAAGCAAAUUAUCCCAAUUUGUACCGGCUGGCAAUCCUUGUCCCGUCCUGCAGAUCACGGAGUCCUUAACCAGCAAUAGUUACCAUCCUUCAUGCGGUUUGAAUUUAAGAUUUGCGUGUUGUUCUUUGUCCUGUUUUCUGCUUGUUGGAGCGUCGAGUAAUUCUACUUUCUUUGUUGCCCUUUAUUUAUAGACUGAUGUAUAAACAAUGCAAUGUCAUGCUCUACCUAGUGACUAAUAAGUUGUUCUGCUUCAUCAAA